AUGCUGCUGCCGACGCUAUUCGUCGCCUAUCUCUUCCGCAUCGUGGCGGCCGCGACCAACAUCACCGUCGACGACAAUAGCCCAUCUAUUACUUAUCAUCCUGCGUUCAGCUGGAAGGAGACUCCGUUCGACCCCUUGAACUUUGGCGGCCAGCACAGGGUGACCUCCAACCCGAAUGCAACGGCCACGUUCAACUUCACAGGGGUCGCUAUCUAUUUCUAUUCGCCUCUGUGGCCAUUUCAAGUGAACACGGCCAUCUCCAUCGAUGGCCAAUCUCCCGUGUUCGUUGAUCUGACGGACUACACCCAGACCCCGUUCGUCGUCGAUGGGCCGGAGACGGUCGCGUCGGACGUUGUGUGGGAUGCGACGGGCUUGGACAACAAGGAGCACACGCUCGUCGUGUCUGUCGCGCUCGGCCAGCAACAUGCCGUCGUCGACGGCCUCGUGUACACCGUGCCAGACCCUGAUGAUGUCACGACGACCUCCGAAUCCGCAGCACCCACCACCACCACAUCCCUUUUACCCAUCCCAUCCAGCACCCAAACACCCGCUGCGGCAUCUUCGACCUCUCCAGGGGCCAGGCGAGGUCUGUCCAUCGCCCUAGGCAUCGUCUGCACGACCUUCGCACUCCUCGUCGCAUGGGCGGCGUACUGGUACUGGAAGCGCCGCCGAAGACUUGCAGCAGAGGAAGAGUUUUACCAGCCGCGCACCGACGGUCCCCCGCCCGAGAUGUCCAGCGUACCGCCUGCGAGACCGAAGUACGUCCGCACGCGUCCGAUCGAGAACCCCUUCCUCGCACCGAGCAGCAGUAGCAGUAGCAGCAGCUCGACCAGCUCUUCGCGCCGUCAUCGUCCACCGAGACCGAAGGUGCACUUGUCGACGAUCCCUGAGACGAGGGACGACUCGCGCCCGACGUCGGCCUCGUACAACUCGCGGACGAGAGUGUCGUCUCCUCUCAGGAACCAGGUGGACGACGACGACACCUCGGAUGACCAGGACAGGGACUUUCCCCAGCCCUCGGUGAGACUCGUAUCUCACAGUUGA